UAGUUUUACUUUCCCAACUCUCCGUUUUUUUUACAACAAUGCUGAAGAAUGUUGAAACUCAGCAUCCCAUAGAACACUGCUAUCAUAUCCUCCUCCCAUGUGACUUCAUGUGUUUAUAGAUGCAACAUUUUAGCUUUUACUAAUUUGUCAGCUAGCUAUCUCUCAUAUGAUAAAAAGCUAUUUGCAAGACAUUUAAGGGAGCACAAAAAAAGUGUUAAGUGGAACGGUUGCUGGAAUAGCUACUGUCGUGCCUCUUGUUCAUGCGUUGAGAAGUGACAACGUUAGCUAGUUCCCCAGCUAAAAACAGGCGAGCUAGCUUGUUUUUGUGUGUUUUUUUUAAUGGACCCGCCUGUGAGACCGCUAACGUUAUCUAGCUAGCCAAAAUAAGCAUAUUGAAGCCUAAUUAUUGGAAUUUAGGAGAAGGAAUUGCAAGGCACUUCAUCUUCUUACAGCGAUGGAGGAAGUUGAUAAGAUUUUAAUUCACUCCCUUAGACAGACCGGCACGGACGUGGGGGAGGAUGUACAGAGUGUGAAGCGCUUCUCCAGUGAGUUCAUAGUGGAGGCGGUAGUGAAAUGUCUGCGAGUGAUCGACCCGGCUCUGGGGAGCAGCCUGUCCCACUCCUUACCCCCCGGCAUGUCUGCCCGCUUCCGAGUGGGCAUGAGCCUGGCACAGGCCUGUCAGGACCUUGGCUACAAGGGAGAGAUUGGCUACCAGACCUUUCUUUACAGCAAUGAGCCAGAGAUCCGCUCUCUGCUCAUGUUCCUGGUGGAGAAGCUGCCCAGAGAAAGUGCUGAGGCCUUGGACCAACCAGCAGGUAAAUCGGUCCUCCUCCAGAAAUUGAUAGCUACCCAGAUCAAAGCUCAGCUGGCCUUGCCUUGGCUCCCUCCAUCUUGCAGACUACCCCUCCUAUGUAAAACACAGAACCCAGGACCGUCCCACAGUUUCCACUCUCAGCCCCUUAGUUUACUGCACUGCCUCAAAGUGCCUGGGAAAAAGCAGUUGAAAGAGGAAAAGGACUACCACAGGGAAUUUCUUCCCCCUGUGACUGCUCAGCCGUCGCAGCAUGCCUCAGUGCCGGCAUCCCUGCUGGAGAUGCAUGCAGGGGAGCUUAGUGCCGCCCAGGAGUGGGAAAAUGAGUGGAACAGCCAAGGCCUCCUUUCCCGCCUCACCCCUGAGGAAUAUCGCUCCAGGAAGCGUGUCCGUCUGCAGAAGCGGAUCGAAGAGCAGCUGCACACUGCGGCCCAGCCUCACUCGGACACCCUCGGUGCCCACAGGUCGGGCUCUGAUCUCGCAGAGCUACUGCAGUCCUUCGGGGGCUCCUCCCUCGGUGGUGACAUCCUCGCCAAGGGCUCCCGCUUCACUCACACUGAGAAAUUCACUUUCACACAGGAGCCUGCGAAAGCCUCCCAGCAGAUGGCAGCAGCGGCCAGCCCCCUUCCCAGCUCGCAUCAGUCGGAAGAGGAACUGCAGGCCCGACAGCAGGAGGAGCUGGCCUCCCUGCAGCAGCAGCUACAGCAGCUCACCCUCAGCCUAGAGGAGGUGGGCGGAGACAUGAAGCAGCUCACCGUAUCCGUACUUCAGGUGUCAGAUGAGCUGAAGCAGAAAGAGCUGAGCAAGGCGGAGAAGGAGGACUCUGUGCGGGUGAAGAAGCAGACCAUUGACCUGAUGCCGGACGCAGAGAACAACCUGGCCAAGCUGCAGGCCCUGGUGGAGGGAAGUGCCAAGCGAGUGGUCAACCUUGCCGUGCAGUGGGAGAAACGCAGAGCUCCGCUCAUCGAUGAGCACCGCAGGCUCAAGGAGCUCUGCAGCAACCAAGAGAUUGAGUCCUCCAGAAAGCUAGUUGAAAUCAAAGAGCUUCACAACAAAAUCCGCCAAUCUGCGGAGGAGUCCAAGAUGAAGGAGGCACUGUAUAAACAACUGAUAACAGAGUUUGAGAAUCUCCCCAAAGAUGUCUCCCGCUCAGCGUACACUGCAAGGAUUCUGGAGAUCGUUGGCAAUAUCAGGAAACAGAAGGAAGAAAUUACAAAGAUUCUGUCUGACACUAAGGAGCUGCAGAAAGAGAUUAACAAUCUGACUGGAAAACUGGACCGAACGUUCGCUGUGACUGAUGAGCUGGUCUUCAAGGAUGCGAAGAAAGACGAAUCUGUCCGCAAAUCCUACAAGUACCUGGCAGCCUUGCAUGAGAACUGCACUCAGUUGAUCCAAACUAUUGAGGACACAGGCACAAUCAUGAGAGAGAUCAGAGACCUGGAGGAGCAGAUUGAAACUGAAAAUGGUAAGAAGACUGUAAGCAACCUGGAGAAGAUCCUGGAGGACUACAAAGCAAUUCGCCAGGAGAACUCUGCUCUGGCUGCCAAGAUCAGAGAGGCCUGAUGUGACCCUCCGCAUGCUGCACCGUAGUGGCCGCCUAACGUGUCUGCUGGUCAAACUGACUGGUAGCAUGCCCUCGAGACUGCCUGUCCUGUGUGUGUGGAACCAAGAAAGCACACUCCAUCUAGUCUCAAGACUUUCAACGCUGUCCUUUGUCCACUGUCUUGUUGCAUUGCCUUCUGGGAGCACUGAUGGCAUAUGGGGAAGGGGAGAUAGAUUUUUGUACCAUUUUUAAUGCACAAACUUUGGCUUACCAAAACACCAUGCUGGAUAAAGAAAAGAAGUGUGAUGUGUAACAACACAGCGAUGAAUUAUACUGGCCUUGCAUCCCUGGUGUCUAUACACUGGUUCCAUAUUGAUUCCACCCAAUCAAAAAAUACGUUUGGAAAAUGAUGUUCUGACUUUUUCUAUUAUAAGUUUGUAGUAGUUCUUCAAAAUUGCAGUAGUUCUGAUAGAUCAAUCAAGUGAAUGUCUUAAUGAUCUACUUUGAAAUUCACUGCAAUUCCCGGGAACAAUGCAGUGGUUAGGUACGGCCUAAGAUUCCAUUCAUGCCAUAUUUUGUCUUAACUGGAGUUGAUUUGGAGAUUACUAGGUUUGUCCUUUUCUAGUUCAUUCUCAUGCCUUGAAAUCAAAUGCUGCUUUUGUCUGUCUCAUUGGCUCAGUGUUAUUUGGAUUAGGGAGCCUUGGUGCAAAGUAAAUGGUUUACCUCUUGAGCACUGAUCUCCUGAAAUGGUCUAGAUUAGGUAACAAACCACAUUGAUUGAUGUAAUGAAUCAUGCGAAACUUGUAUAAAAACAAUACAAAAUGUUUGUCAGAGCAGAAAAUGAACAUGUUAAGGAAGUGCUGUUGCUUUCUUUCACAUGUUUAUUUUUGAAAUGCUGAAAGGUCGUUCG